AUGGAGACAACAGCUGCACUUACUACAAAUACAUUUAAAAUAACAGGCAAUAUCAAACCAUUAGAUAAAGAUAUUGUCUAACUUUAAUAAGAUUAUGAAAUUAUGAAAAAGAAUAGAGAAUAAGCUAAAGCAGAUUUAUAAGCUAAAUUUGAUGAAGUUUAUGAGUAUUAUAUAUAUAUUAUAAUUAAAUAGUAAAAUCACUUAAACAAAAUAGAUGUUUGUUAAAUUGGCUGUAGAAUUAAAUGGAAAAAUAUAAACAUUUCAAAAAACAAACAAUACAAAUAUUUCAAGUUACAAUUUAAUAUUAUUUCAAUAGAUUUGGAAAAUAAACACAAUGAAUAACACACUACAUUUAAGACAUACACAAAUGCCAAAUUGACUACACUUGAUUCUGAUAUUGUGAAAUUAGAUUAAGCAAUAGAAUAAGAAAAAUUAGAUAGAAUAAGGACAGAAAAAGAAAAUAUAGAAAAUAUAUAAAAAUCUAUAGAUUGUAUAGAUAUAUCUAUUAAUAAAUAUAGAAUUAUUUAGUAAUUUUGAUUUGGAGAAGUAAACAAGAGUGGCAAAUGAAAAAAAAAUAUUAAAUACAAUAAAGGAUACUUCAUAAUCAAUUGAUUAAGCUAUAAAAAAUGAAUCUAUAGAAAAGGAAUAGAAACAUUAAGAAUUAAUUAAAAAUAUUAAUCAUUCAUUAUAAUCUGAGAAUAGAUAUUCAGAAGGAUUUAGAAAUAAUACUGUUAAAGAAUUUCAUUUAUAAAUUGAUAAUAUUGAAGAUGAAAUAAAUAAUAGAUUUGAUUAAUAAGAUAAAGUAGUUGAUGAUUUAAGAUCAGUUAUUAGAACCAUUUAAAAUACUCUUGGUAUUCUAGGUAAAGAUGUUUGAUGUUUUAUAUUAUAAUAAAUAUAAAAAUAAUUAAAAUAUAAAUGUAAGUUAAAAAAUGCAUGUUUUGCCAAAAAUUAUCAACUGAUGGAUCUUUUCAGUUAAUUCUAAAAAGAGCAUUAUAUUCCAAAUACUCUCAGUCAUAAAACUUUUUUUAUGAAAAAGACAUUAAUGAUAUUUUGGAUGAGAAGUAAGUAAAAUCUACUAUUCGAAACAAAGAUAAUGCUUAAUUUGGAGAUGAAAAAGAAUAUAUGCGAAGGUAAUGAAAAUAAUAAUAUCAUUACAAAAGAUUUUAUAGAUAUUUUGAAAGUGAUGAUAGAAUUCCUUCAUUAUUGGAAUAUUAUAAAUACCAUAUCAAUAUUCCAAGAAACUUUCAUUGUAAGAUUAUAAAUAAGAGAAUGGAAAAAGUUAGAGAAAUCUAAUAUUGCAAAGUUAAAAUUGAAUUAGGUCUUUAUGAAGAAGUAAAACAAUAAACUCCUACAAAAGUCAAAGAUUCAUCUGAUGAUUGUUCUGUUACAUAAUUAAAGUAUUUAUUAAAAGAUCUCAAACUUUAAUCUACAGAUAUAUCUAGAAUUAGUAAUACAACUGUUCUAAAAGACUUAGUCCAAUUAAUAGGUGAACCAAAAAGUAAACCUAAACCAUUUUAAAUAUUUAAUUAAAACAAACAAAUUUAAACAUAAUUUAAACCAUCCCAAGAAGCUUAAAGACUUAUAUAUUAACAUUGUUAAGGAACUUUAAAAAAAACAAUUGAAAAAUAAUUAAAAUAAACAAAAUAAAUUAACUCUCCUCCUUUAACUUAACGUAUUACAAAACCUAUUCAAACAUCUAGAUAAUCUUCAGCUCAUAAAUAAUCAUCUAAAAUUGAUAUACCAAUUUAAACAAUAAAAAAACCACCUUAAUUAAAAUAAAGAUAAGCAUCACUUGGAAAUAUAGAAUUCACUAAAUCUUGUUUAACUACAGCUCGAAAUACACCUUAAUAAAAUGAAUUAUUAAUUGAAUUAGCUAAAAAAAUGUUCUCAACUAAAAUGACAUUUAAUAAUAGUAAUUAAAAGAAAAAAGCAAUUCAUUUGAAUUAACAACAAAAUUUUUUUGUAAAAGGUAGAACAAAUUUAGCUAAUAGUACUAAGAAUUUUGAAGAUUUAAAAAGUUCUAUGAGGAGUUUAAGAUCAAGACAUCUUACUCCAAGUUAAAUUUGUAUUUCAAAUCAUGGAACUCCUAAAAUAAAAAAGAAAUGA